AAAUUGGGACGAAGGCUGGUAGAGCUCCUCCCCAUCGCCAAAAUCAAAAUACAAGCCCACCCGCACCACCCGCCACUGCCCUUCACGCGCGCUUCUGAUUGGCACGCGCACGAUCAACUAGGAACGAACGGUCGGUCGGUCGGUCAGUCAGUCCGUACACGAAUGGGCGGUUGGGCUAUAGCGGUGCACGGCGGCGCUGGUGUCGAUCCCAACCUUCCUAAAGAUCGCCAGGAACAAGCCACGCGCCUCCUCACCAGAUGCCUCCAAAUCGGCAUCUCCGCCCUCCGCUCCUCCCUCCCCGCCAUUGACGUCGUCGAGCUCGUCGUGCGGGAACUGGAGACGGAUCCGUUUUUCAAUUCCGGCAGGGGAUCUGCGCUGACGGAGAAAGGAACGGUAGAGAUGGAGGCCAGCAUAAUGGACGGCGCCGACCGGCGGUGCGGCGCCGUCUCCGGCGUCACCACCGUAAAAAACCCGGUUUCGUUGGCCCGUCUCGUUAUGGACAAAUCUCCGCAUUCCUAUCUCGCCUUUUCCGGCGCCGAGGAAUUUGCCAAACAGAUGGGCGUGGAAAUGGUGGAAAAUGAUUACUUCAUCACCAGCGACAAUGUCGGCAUGCUCAAAUUGGCCAAGGAGGCCAAUUCAAUUCUCUUCGACUACAGAAUUCCUCUGGAAUCCUGCGGCGCGGCGGCGGUGGAGAAUCCGCCGCUGCAUAUGAACGGGCUGCCAAUAAGCGUGUACGCGCCGGAGACGGUGGGGUGCGUGGUGGUGGACAGCCAAGGGCACUGCGCCGCCGCGACGUCGACCGGCGGUCUGAUGAACAAAAUGGUGGGCCGCAUCGGCGACUCCCCGCUAAUCGGGUCCGGGACUUACGCCUGCGACAUCUGCGCCGUGUCGUGCACCGGCGAAGGGGAGGCGAUCAUACGUGGCACCCUGGCGAGGGACGUGGCGGCGGUUAUGGAGUACAAAGGCCUGGACCUCCAGGAGGCGGUCGACUUUGUCAUCGGGAAACGGCUCGACAAGGGCAAGGCCGGUCUGAUCGCCGUGUCGAGCAAGGGCGAGGUCACGUGCCGGUUCAACUCGGUCGGGAUGUUCCGAGCCUGCGCGGCGGAGGACGGCUACAUGGAAGUCGGCAUAUGGUGAACCAAACUUAAUUAUAUUAUAUAUUAUUAAUUAAUUAAUUAAUUAUACAUGUUACAUGUGACACCCCGGUCCGGUUCGGUCCGGUCCGGUUGGGACUGUCUUUGGUUCUGUUUCAUGGUUUAGGUUUGUCUUCCCAUGCUUGUUGAUUUGCAUUAGCUUCGGAGUUAAUAAUAUUAAUAAUAAUGUUAAUUUCGUUUUGGUCCACAA